ACUCUAAUAACAAGUGCCAGGUCGGAGGUCCUAUUUUGCUCGGCGACUAACUUUAGAAAUUCGAGUAGCUGACAUACGGAGGCCAUUCUUGUCUCGAUGAUUCAUGAGACGCGCGAAAAAACUGCGCACGAGGUUCGGUUUCUCUUGGUUUUCUCGAACGCAUUGGUUUCUUCAAAAUUACUUGCGUUAUAAUUUUUAAUCUAUGAUCUAUUAUCAUGGAAAAAGACCAAGCAAAGAUUGAUUCAAGCGAUUUUAAAAUAGGUGAAUUCACUGUUUUUUUAUUUCAUUUUUAUUUCUGUUUAUCGUGAAAAAAAAUCAAUUUUGAUAUACUCGUGUUGUAGAAUAUGAUGGAAAAGGACUAUUUUCAAGUGACGAAGAAGAUGAUUCGUUCUUUAAAUCUGAUGCGAUGUAAAGAAAUAUAUUUUUUAUUUUUGUAUUUAUACAUUAUUAAAUUUCUUCUACAGUAGUUAUAGUGCGCAUUUUAUUUAUUUAUUAUAGAGAUGAAAUUUUAAAAAUACAAAAAAAUCAUGCGCAAUCUCGAAAAAGGAAACUUGAAAGAAUAGUGGAGCAAAAACAUGAAAGUAAAUCUGAUAUGGAAGUGGAAAAACCCCCAGAGAUUGUAGAAAAAGUGCAAAGAAAACAAAGUUGGACAGAAUGUGUAGACUCCUUACGAGAAGCUAAAGAAAUAAUUCAGCAACAUGAAAUAGAAACCGGAACAUCGUAUUCUAACUACUUUAAGGAUGUAGCUUUCGGUGAAGACAAAAUUGAAUUAAAAGGAAAGUGUAUUUUGUUUGAAGACAAAAAAUCUGCCAUCUCUCAAAUAAUGUUCGAAGGGGUACCGUUUAUAGUUGUUGGAACAAAAAGCCUUGAUUGCGCCCAUGGUACUGAUAGGAAUGCUUCUCACAAGAAAAAAAGAAAAGAAAAUAAGUUACAGAAUAAGAAUGAUCAUUCAAUCGGAGCCUCGCGCUUCUUAGCACAAGUAUCCAAAAAAAUGGAUUGUCCAGCGAAAAUUAUCCUUCGAGAUAUUAUUUCCUUUCCAGAUUACAAGAUAGACAAGUUAACUGAAUGGAAGAAGAAAAACUGCGCCAAAAAGUUGAAAAAUGACUGGGCAGCUAAUAAAUCCCAAGUGAAGACCAACAGAAAAAUUUGGAUAAAAAUAUUAGAUUGUCACGCAGACCAUUUGCAAGGAGAGCGCGGUGGUAUCAGUCAACAAGUCGAUUCAAGAAUAACAACGAAAAUUCACGCACUCGUUGGUCAAGGAGUAAGGCAAGUAAAAGAGAUGGAAAGACACAUAAAGAUAUAUGUUCAAAAUGAGUUGUUUUGUGAUAAAAUGCUUCCUUCACCAACAAACAGAAGAUUUUUUCCCACACGACGUGACAUCACAAACCACAUGUACAUAAGCACAACAAAGUUACGUUUAUCAAAAAUCGAUCAAGAAAACUUAGCAUUGAAAAUAGAACAAUGGAAAAAGCAAGCACCUACCGACAACUUCUUUUUUAGAGGUUAUGGUGAAAUACUUGAAAACACACAGCAAAAUCAUAACAAAGACAAUAAAGAAGAAGUAAAAGCAUCCAAUUUAUCAACAACAUCUAGCAGACUAUUAUUCGUCCAUCAAACCUCGAAUCAAAGAAGACUCUACGAAAUGUACGGAGAUCGUGUCUGUCUUCUUGAUGCUACGUAUAAGACCACAAAGUACUCGUUGCCUCUUUUCUUCAUCGCUGUCAAGACAAACGUAGAUUACCAAGUGGUUGGCUCAUUUGUAGUUCAAGAUGAAACUACAAAAUCUAUAACAGAAGCGCUGAUGAUGUUUAAAAAUUGGAAUAAAUCUGUCGAACCAAAGAUAUUCAUGGUUGACAAUUGUGAGGAGGAGAUCAUUUCAGCUGAGCAAACUUUUUCAGGUGUUAUCGUGUUGCUGUGUGACUUCCAUCGUGAGCAAGCAUGGGACAGAUGGCUAUCCGCAACUGCUAACGGUCUGAGAUCACAGAAAUCAGAUGCACUGACAUUGCUGAGAAAUAUCGCUAGCUCAGAAUCCGAACAAAUGUACAAACAUCAUGUCGAAUUGUUAAAAGAAAGCAGUAUCUGGCUUGCUGAGAACAGUAACAAAUUCCGAAGAUGGAUUUCCACUACUUGGUUGCCUUGUCACAAAAUACAGCGUUGGGUUUAUGCAUUUCGGAAAAACUUGUUGGAAGUGGUUGUCAAUACAAACAACGGCGUAGAGAGACAAAACAAAGACCUAAAGCAUGAAUUUUUGAAUCAGUACAAAGACAAUUCAUUAAGUGGGAUGGUAACGGUUUUGGUUGAACAGUUCUUUCCCGAGAAAUACAGGAGAUAUGUUGAAAAAAACACACGCUUCAACAGUAAAUACAGAAAAUAUAACACCCUGCUACCGAAAUGGAUUCACGACAGGCCGCCUAAAUUUGUCAAGCAUUGCGUUGAGAAACUUGAUUUAUGCAAAAGCAUAAAAACUGAGUGGCUGCAGAAAAUUAAGAAUCUAUAUUCUGUAAAAAGUUCAGAGAAGGGAGAGGUGUAUAUAGUAUCGUUUGGAAGUGAAGAUGAAUGGCCAAGUUGCGGAUGUUUUGAGUGGAAAAAAAAGUUCUUGCCAUGUAAACAUAUGUUUGCCGUGAUGAGUGUAUAUGGAAAAGGCUGGAAUGACUUCCCCGAACAGUACAAGUCAUCGCCAUACUUCAAUACAGAUUCUGCUUUGUAUGUGGGUGCAGUGGAAGAAGAACAACGUCACCCUAGUGGUGAAACGCUAACAUGUGAGGAUAUGGAAUUCCACAAAAUUGAAAAGCGCACUGGUCAUACUGGUCAGCUUCACUGGAUUUGUACUACUAACAUGGACAAGCAGAAAUCAAACAACGAAAAUGUCCUGUUAUACGACAGUUUAAAUAAUGGCACAGUGAAUAACCAUUCUUUGAAACAAAUUACUGACUUCUGUUUCCACCACGAUUCUCAGCUGUAUGUUAACAUCCUUCCAAUGCAACAGCAACGGAAUGGUGUUGACUGCGGCUUAUUUGCCAUCGCUUGUGCAACCUCGCUGGCAUUUGGAGAAAAUCCGGAAGAGGUAACAUACGACGAUGCACUCCUGAGAAAGCACUUUUUGGAGUGCAUUAACGUGCAAUCAAUGUCACCCUUUCCAAAAUCAUCAAAACGAAUAUUGCGUUGCAAACUUAAAUGUUUGGUUUUGGAACUUUAUUGCGUGUGUCGUGGUAUUUUUGGAAAUGAAAGGAUGGCGCAGUGUGACAAGUGCGAAAAAUGGUUUCACGAAAUGUGUGAAAACAUACCAAACAGCGUUUUUAAGAAAUCCAACCAAAAUUGGUAUUGCAAAAAGUGUAAAAGUGUUAAGUCUUUGUUGUAACUUUAUCUUAUCUCUUAAGAAAAAAAAGAAAAAAAAAAGAAAGUGUUUUAUUCCAUUCCCGCGUGGGUGUUCAAGCCGUAGGGCCAUAGUCUGUUAGAUAUUCGGAACAACUCGCGCAAACUCGUCCAAAAUAUUGUUUUUUAUGAACCUCCGACCUGGCACUUGUUAUUAGA